UUUCCGUGAGGUGACUCCACCCGGAAGGUGCUGCUCGGGUUGAAGCAGCUGACUCGGACCUCAGUGCUGGGCUCAGUCUGCAGACAUGACAACCGGUGCUUCUCCGCCUACGGUUCGCGCCCCGAUCACUGACAGGUUGCUGAAGCUCAAAGAAAUUUUUACUUCUAAAUAUGGAUGCGAGCCUUCAUUUUACGCUCGUGCACCAGGACGAGUCAAUCUAAUAGGUGAGCACAUUGAUUACUGUGGAUAUGCUGUUCUUCCAAUGGCGAUCGAACAAGACAUAUUAGCGGCGGUUAAGCCCACCGACUUUGACGUUGUGCACUUGUCCAAUACAAAUCCCUCGUACCUGGACUUCUCUGUGAGUUUUGAGAACAUUCAGAUUGAUAAAACAAAACCUUUGUGGCACAACUACUUUCUGUGUGGACUUAAGGGAAUCCAGGAUCACUUCCACCUCACCAGCCUGACUGGUAUGAAUUGCUUGCUGGACGGAUCCAUUCCUCCAAGUUCUGGUUUGUCCAGCUCGAGUGCUUUGGUGUGUUGUGCUGGCCUUGUUACCCUCACUGCAAAUGGAAUGACACUUUCCAAGGUGGAACUUGCAGAAACCUGUGCAAGAUGUGAGCGUUACAUUGGCACAGAAGGAGGUGGCAUGGACCAAUCCAUUUCAUUCCUUGCAGAAGAAGGAACGGCUAAGCUGAUAGAGUUCAGUCCUCUAAGAGCAACUGAUGUCAGGCUUCCUGCGGGUGCCGUUUUUGUGAUCGCUAACAGUUGUGUCGAAAUGAAUAAAGCAGCAACUGCCCAUUUCAAUAUACGGGUUGUGGAAUGUCGCUUGGCCACCAAGAUACUAGCAAAGUCCAAAGGACUAGCCUGGAGAGACCUUAUGAAACUGGGAGAUCUGCAAGAAAAACUUGGAGUAACUUUGGAAGACAUGCUUGCGGUUGUUGAUGAAGUUCUUCAUCCAGAACCAUAUACACGUGAAGAAGUUUGUGAGUUUUUGGGAAUAAGCCUAGAUGAGCUUCGUGCAACAGUCCUGAGCCAAAACACACAGGAAGUUUCCACCUUCAAGUUGUACCAGCGGGCAAAGCACGUGUAUAGUGAAGCUGCGAGAGUGCUUGACUUUAAGAAGGUCUGUGAUGAGGCACCUGCCAACGCGCUCCAGCUGCUUGGAGACCUCAUGAAUCAGAGCCAUUUGAGCUGUAAAGACAUGUAUGAAUGCAGCUGUCCUCAACUAGAUCAGCUGGUGGACAUCUGUCUGAAAUCUGGGGCUGUUGGGUCACGUCUGACAGGGGCCGGAUGGGGAGGAUGCACGGUAUCCAUGGUCCCUGUUCAGAAGCUGGAUCAUUUCCUUUCAAGCGUGCAAGAUUCCUUUUACAACACCGAUGACCAAAGAUCUCUACUGAAGGAAAAAAGCCUUUUUGCUACCAAGCCUGGAUGUGGAGCAAUGGUCAUUCUGGAAGAGAACAAGAUGUGAAGGAUCUGUGCUGACCACAGAUCAAUUUCCAAUUGCGAUUCCAUUUUUUUACUUAUUUGUGAAACAUAUAUAAUUAUAGCAACUUAAACGCUUAGUUUUAAAACAGCCAAAUAAAAACACUAUUUCUAAAAUAA